UGGUACAUGCGAUUGGCGACGGAGAACAAGUUUCGUGCUGCGGGCCUUGACGGCGGGGGUCGUCCUGUCGGGGUUCCCAGGAUGUUCUUUUACCUGAGCAAGAAAAUUGCCAUUCCCAAUAAUGUGAAGCUGAAAUGCAUAUCUUGGAACAAGGACCAAGGAUUCAUAGCAUGUGGUGGUGAAGAUGGAUUACUGAAAGUUUUGAAAUUAGAGACACAGACAGAUGAUGCAAAAUUGAGAGGUCUUGCAGCCCCCAGUAACCUUUCUAUGAAUCAGACUCUUGAAGGUCAUAGUGGUUCUGUUCAAGUUGUAACAUGGAAUGAACAAUAUCAGAAGUUGACUACCAGUGAUCAAAAUGGGCUUAUCAUUGUGUGGAUGUUAUAUAAAGGCUCUUGGUAUGAGGAAAUGAUCAACAAUAGAAAUAAAUCAGUGGUUCGAAGUAUGAGCUGGAAUGCUGAUGGGCAGAAGAUCUGCAUUGUAUACGAAGACGGGGCUGUGAUAGUUGGUUCGGUGGAUGGGAAUCGUAUUUGGGGAAAAGACCUGAAGGGUAUUCAGUUAUGCCAUGUAGCAUGGUCUGCGGAUAGUAAAGUCUUACUUUUUGGAAUGGCAAAUGGAGAAAUACACAUUUAUGAUAAUCAAGGAAAUUUUAUAAUGAAAAUGAAACUGAAUUGUCUGGUGAAUGUCACUGGAGCAAUCAGUAUUGCUGGAAUUCACUGGUACCAUGGCACAGAAGGCUACGUGGAGCCAGAUUGUCCUUGCCUUGCUAUUUGUUUUGACAACGGGAGAUGCCAAAUAAUGAGACACGAGAGUGACCAGAAUCCUGUUUUAAUUGAUACUGGCAUGUAUGUAGUAAGUAUCCAGUGGAACCAUGUUGGCAGCGUGUUAGCUGUGGCAGGCUCCCAGAAGGCCGUCACUCAGGAUAAAGACGUAAACACUGUGCAAUUUUACACUCCAUUUGGUGAGCAUCUGGGUACUUUGAAGGUUCCUGGAAAGCAGAUGUCUGCACUAUCUUGGGAAGGAGGUGGACUGAAAAUUGCACUAGCUGUUGAUUCUUUCAUAUAUUUUGCAAAUAUUCGACCUGAUUAUAAGUGGGGUUAUUGCUCAAAUACUGUAGUUUAUGCUUAUACCAGACCUGAUCGUCCUGAGUACUGUGUUGUCUUUUGGGAUACGAAAAACAAUGAGAAAUAUGUUAAAUAUGUGAAGAGUCUCAUUUCUAUUACUACCUGUGGAGAUUUCUGCAUUUUGGCUACGAAAGCUGAUGAAAAUCAUCCUCAGUUUGUGCUAGUUCUUUGUAAUUCUAUUGGCACACCCUUGGAUCCCAAAUACAUUGAUAUUGUACCAUUGUUUGUUACAAUGACGAAAACCCACGUGAUAGCAGCUUCAAAAGAAGCAUUUUAUACCUGGCAAUAUCGUGUGGCAAAGAAGCUCACAGCGUUGGAAAUUAAUCAGAUCACAAGGUCUCGAAAAGAAGGGAGAGAAAGAAUUUAUCAUGUUGAUGAUACCCCUUCUGGAUCAGUGGAUGGCGUGCUUGAUUAUAGUAAAGCCAUUCAAGGCACAAGGGAUCCAAUUUGUGCCGUAACUGCAUCUGAUAAGACAUUGAUUGUGGGUCGUGAAUCUGGCACCAUUCAGAGAUAUAGUCUUCCUAAUGUUGGUUUGAUUCAAAAAUAUUCCCUUAAUUGUCGAGCCUACCAGUUAUCCUUGAAUUGCAACUCUAGUCGUCUUGCUGUCAUAGACAUCUCAGGAGUUCUCACGUUCUUUGACUUGGACGCCCGGGUAAUGGACAGCACAGGACAGCAAGUCAUUGGCGAGUUGUUAAAAUUGGAGCGAAAAGAUGUCUGGGAUAUGAAGUGGGCAAAAGAUAAUCCUGAUUUGUUUGCAAUGAUGGAGAAGACAAGAAUGUAUGUUUUCAGAAACUUGGAUCCUGAGGAACCCAUUCAGACUUCUGGAUAUAUUUGUAACUUUGAGGAUUUAGAAAUUAAAUCUGUUCUUUUGGAUGAGAUAUUAAAGGAUCCAGAACAUCCAAAUAAGGAUUAUAUAAUUAACUUUGAGAUUCGGUCCCUGCGAGAUAGUCGAGCAUUGAUUGAGAAUGUUGGAAUUGAAGAUGCAUCUCAAUUCAUAGAGGACAAUCCACACCCCCGACUUUGGCGCCUACUGGCCGAAGCAGCUCUUCAGAAACUGGAUUUGCACAUGGCAGAGCAAGCAUUUGUGCGCUGUAAAGAUUACCAAGGCAUUAAGUUUGUGAAGCGCCUGGGCAAUUUACAGAGUGAGUCCAUGAAGCAGGCUGAAGUUGCUGCCUACUUUGGCAGAUUCGAAGAAGCUGAAAGAAUGUAUCUUGAUAUGGACAGAAGAGAUCUUGCUAUUGGCCUCCGGCUGAAAUUGGGAGAUUGGUUUAGAGUACUCCAGCUCCUGAAAACUGGAUCUGGUGAUGCAGAUGACAGUCUCCUUGAACAAGCCCACAAUGCCGUCGGAGACUACUUUGCUGAUCGACAAAAGUGGUUGAAUGCUGUACAAUAUUAUGUACAAGGCCGGAACCAGGAGCACUUAGCGGAAUGUUACUACAUGUUAGAAGAUUACGAGGGACUGGAGAAUCUUGCCAGUUCACUCCCGGAAAACCACAAGUUGCUUCCAGAAAUAGCACAAAUGUUUGUGAGAGUUGGAAUGUGUGAACAAGCAGUGACUGCAUUUUUGAAAUGUAAUCAACCAAAGGCAGCAGUAGAUACCUGUGUGCAUCUCAAUCAAUGGAACAAAGCUGUUGAAUUGGCUAAAAAUCAUAGUAUGAAAGAAAUUGGAUCUCUUUUAGCGAGGUAUGCAUCUCAUUUAUUGGAAAAGAAUAAAACUCUUGAUGCCAUAGAACUCUAUCGGAAAGCCAAUUACUUUUAUGAUGCUGCUAAACUGAUGUUUAAGAUUGCAGAUGAAGAGGCAAAGAAAAGAACUAAACCUUUACGUGUGAAGAAGCUCUAUGUACUGGCAGCUUUACUAAUAGAGCAACACCACGAACAGGUGAAAAAUGCCCAGCGAGGGAAAGUUAAAGGGAAGAGUUCAGAGGCCACUUCUGCUUUGGCUGGUCUGCUAGAAGAGGAAGUUCUGUCUACAGCUGGUCAUUUCACAGACAAUGCUUGGAGAGGGGCCGAGGCCUACCACUUUUUUAUACUGGCCCAGAGGCAGCUCUAUGAGGGAUACGUUGACACUGCAUUGAAGACAGCUCUUCACCUGAGAGACUAUGAAGACAUUAUCCCCACCGUUGAGAUCUACUCUCUGUUAGCACUCUGUGCGUGUGCCAGUAGAGCUUUUGGUACUUGUUCAAAAGCUUUUAUUAAACUUGAAUCUUUAGAGACCCUCAGUUCAGAACAGAAACAACAAUAUGAAGAUCUUGCUCUAGAAAUCUUCACCAAACAUACUCCAAAAGAUAACAGAAAAUCAGAAUUGGACAGCCUUCUUGAAGGAGGGGAAGGGAAACUGCCCACAUGUGUUGCCACAGGAAGCCCAAUCACUGAAUAUCAGUUCUGGAUGUGCAGUGUAUGCAAGCACUGUGUUCUGGCUCAGGAAAUCAGUAACUACAACUUCUGUCCCUUAUGCCAUAGUUCAGUGGGAUAAAGAAAUGACAAACUGCAUAAAAUUGUAAAAUAAAUGUAGCAAAUAUAUAUAUCUGUAACUGUAUAUGUAAUAAGGU